AUGAGGAGCGGCGCGGAGCGCAGGGGCAGCAGCGCGGCCGCGCCCCCCGGCUCGCCGCCCCCCGGCCGCGCGCGCCCCGCCGGCCCCGACGCGCCCCCGGCCCCCGCGCCGCCCGCCGCCGGCCUGGCCCGGGCCCGGGACGCCGGCGAGGCCCGCGCGCAGCCGCGCCCCCUGUUCGCCUGGAGCAAGUGGAAGAAGCGCAUGAGCUCGGGCAUGUCCAUGUCGGCGGCCGCGGCCCGCAGGCCGGUGUUUGACGACCGCGAGGACGUGAACUUUGACCACUUCCAGAUCCUGCGGGCCAUUGGGAAGGGCAGCUUUGGCAAGGUGUGCAUCGUGCAGAAGCGGGACACGGAGAAGAUGUUCGCCAUGAAGUACAUGAGCAAGCAGCAGUGCAUCGAGCGCGACGAGGUGCGCAACGUGUUCCGGGAGCUGGAGAUCCUGCAGGAGAUCGAGCACGUCUUCCUCGUGAACCUCUGGUACUCCUUCCAGGACGAGGAGGACAUGUUCAUGGUGGUCGACCUGCUGCUGGGCGGGGACCUGCGCUACCACCUGCAGCAGAACGUGCAGUUCUCCGAGGACACGGUGCGGCUGUACAUCUGCGAGCUGGCGCUGGCCCUGGACUACCUGCGCGGCCAGCACAUCAUCCACAGAGACGUGAAGCCUGACAACAUCCUCCUGGAUGAGCAAGGACACGCCCACCUGACGGACUUCAACAUCGCCACCAUCAUCAAGGACGGGGAGCGCGCGACCGCGCUGGCGGGGACCAAGCCCUACAUGGCUCCGGAGAUCUUCCAGUCUUUCGUCAACGGGGGGACCGGCUACUCCUUUGAGGUGGACUGGUGGUCGGUGGGGGUGAUGGCCUACGAGCUGCUGCGUGGAUGGAGGCCCUAUGACAUCCACGCCAGCAACGCCGUGGAGACCCUGGUGCAGCUGUUCAGCACUGCCAGCGUCCAGUACGCCCCCACCUGGUCCAAGGACAUGGUGGCCCUGCUGCGGAAGCUCCUGUCCGUGAACCCCACGCACCGCUGCGCCAGCCUCCGGGACAUCCAGGCGGUGCCCUCCAUGGCCGACGUGCUGUGGGACCAGCUGAGCGAGAAGAAGGUGGAGCCCGGCUUCGUGCCCAACAAAGGCCGCCUGCACUGCGACCCCACGUUCGAGCUGGAGGAGAUGAUCCUGGAGUCGCGGCCGCUGCACAAGAAGAAGAAGCGCCUGGCCAAGACGCGCUCGCGGGACAGCAGCAGGGACGGCUCCCAGUCGGAGCACGACUACCUGCAGGACUGCCUGGACGCCAUCCAGCAGGACUUCGUCAUCUUCAACAGAGAGAGGCUGAAGAGGACCCAGGACCCCGCGCCCGAGCCCCUGCCCGAGGCCGGGGGUGCCAGCGAGCCCUUGGCGGACCCCGACCCGCACCCAGGCCGGCCCUCCUGCAGCACUGCCUGCCACUCUGGCGGGAGCAGCUAGGCCGCCUGCCCUCCGGGACUUCACUCAGGUUGCUCUGGAGACCAGGCCUCGGCGAGGGGCAGCCAGGGGCCCAGCGCCCUGGCCACACCUUCACGACCGCCUGGGCGCCAAGCCCGCGGGCUCCAGACAGACUUGCCCACGGUGUGGGCGGGGCCCGGGGGGCCUGCGCGUGGAGUGGGGGGAAGCCCCCCCAUGUGCAAGCCUCGCCCCUUCCCUGCACCCCACUGCCUUCGGAGCAGGGUGCGCCCGGACUGCGGGUCUCCUGCACCCCCGCGGGGGGUCUUGGCGGGGAGAAUGUUUAUAGAGAUGCAAACUGU